AUGAUUGACUUUACUCUGAGCCCAUCUCAAGCAGAAGCCAGGCGGAACGCCCGGGCCUUUGCGCUGAACGUUCUCAAGAAGACAGCUGUAGAAUAUCACCAUCAGCCUGACCAGAAAGCCCGCUUCGCAUCGACUCGGCCAUUCUACGGUCAGGCCGUUCAGAACGGCUUGGUCAAGUCCCAGGUGCCUGUUCAACUAGGGGGUACCAUGGGGAGUCUUGUAGAAUCGGCCAUCGUCCUCGAAGAACUGUUCGCCGUUGAACCUGCAGUGUCCAUCACAAUUGUGGCAACGGCUCUAGGACUACUGCCACUAAUCCUCGGCGGCACACCUGCCUUGCAGGAAAAGUACCUGAAGCCAUUUAUCUCUGGGCAUGGAGAGCCAUUGGCCAGCUUGAUGCAUUCGGAACCCAAUGGAACGGCGAACUGGCUGGAAAAGGGCGGACAGGGCCUCCAAACGACAGCUAGAAGGUCCGGAGACGAAUGGAUUAUCAAUGGAGAGAAGCUCUGGACCUCCAACAGCGCGGGCUGGGGUGACGAGGGAGCCGAUCUUGCAUGCGUUGUGUGCAGGCUUUCGGAAGAUCCUUCCGCGCCCCAGGAUCCCAGUGUCGAUCCAGCUUCGCUUGUUCUAAUCCUCCUGGUCACGCCAGAGGUCAUCGCAAAAAAUGAAAAAGGAGCAUAUCAGGUCCUAGGGGAGCCGGAGCUUGCAGGUCACCUCGCCACUUCCGGCCCACACACUCGCUUCACCGAGUUUCACGUUCCCCAUAAAAAUCUCCUGCGCGGUCCUGGCACGGCGGUGGAGAUUGUAGAAGCAGCGUUCACCAUGUCGGCAGCCCUCGUCGGAGCAAUGGCCAUCGGCACAGCGCGCGCAGCCUUCGACGAAGCGCUUGCGUUCGCCAAGUCUGAUACCCGUGGCGGCUCCGUGCCCAUCAUCCAACACCAGAGCGUGGCUGAUAAGCUCAUCGACUGCAAGAUGCGGAUCGAGACCAGUCGUCUUUUGGUGUGGAAAGCGGUCCAUACCCUGGACGAUGAGAAAGUGGACUGGAAAGUGAAGCUUGAGCUUGCUAUGCAGACCAAGAUUUACACUACAGACUGCGCUGUCGACUGUGUCAUUGAUGCUAUGAAAGCGGUUGGUAUGAAGUCUUACGCCAAGGAUAUGCCGUUCCCAAGCCUUUUGAACGACGCCAUGUGCUACCCCUUGUUUGAUGGGGGUAAUAUCGGGCUUCGUCGCCGGCAGAUGCAGCGCCUCAUGGCUGAGGAGAAGUACGAACCUUGGGCGGCGACGUUUGGGUCUACAGAAUCAUAG